CCACGUCUAGCGCAACGGAGGCUUCUACUUCUCUUAGUGGUUUGGUGAAGGAUGUCAAUUAUUACCGCCAGCUUUGGUGGAAGACCGGUAACAUUCACCCCAAAGCUAUGUGGAAUGAGGCGAC